UCCGCACUACUCCGUCGGGCCACACACGGCCCUUCACUCCAUUAUCGGUGGCGGUAUGAUCUUCCAGGAUUUUGUCUAUGCUCGAAAGUAAGCCAGAGUGAGAGAGACCGAGGGAAGAGAGAGAGAAAGAUAUAAGCGAUGAAUCCAAUGAGUGAAAAAGGAUUCGAUCUACGUGAAAAAGGUAUGUUUUCGGAACCCUAGUGUGUUACUAUCAGACUAAGUUAUGCUUUGAUUGUGUAGUAAAACUGAAGCUGUGUGAAUAUUUGGUUGUAUAUCUAUUAAUCAGUAUGGAAAUCUAGUAAUUUGUACAAGUUUGAACAAUCGAAGCAGAUUGAGUUAGGGUUUUUAGAUUUCAUGUAUGGAUUCGGAUAAAGUUUAUAGUAGGAAGUCUUUUAAAGGGUUAAACAGCAACAAAAAGAAUUUAACACAAUCUCAUAGUCAAAACCUAGCUUCUGAAGACGGAAACCUGAACCAGGUGGUACUUAUGGGUUCUCGGGUUCCUCCUUCAGGGAAUGGAGGGGGUAGGUUUGGGUUCCGAAAGCAAGAGAGUCGAGUUACUAUUCAGCUGACAUCGAGGUCGAAGCAGGAGAUGAGGGAAAUUAAGAGGAAGCUUGUGAGUGAGCUUGAGUUGGUUAGGAGUUUGGUGAAGAAGAUUGAGGAAGUGGGAUCGAGGCCUUUACACCAGUUGAGUAUCUCGGUUUUGGAGAAUAGUCAGGGUACCAGUGAGCAUGUGGAUAAAGAGAAAAGAACUCCGAAAGCAAACCAAUUCUACAGGAAGUCGGAUUUUCUUCUUGCCAAGGAUAGGAUUCCUUCUGCUGAGAGCCACAAGAAGUCAAAGUCCGGUGGCAAGAAGCAAGGAGGGGUUGAGGCUAAGUUUUCCAACAAAUUGUUUAAGAGCUGUAGUGCUUUGCUUGAGAAAUUAAUGAAGCACAAACAUGGCUGGGUGUUUAAUAAACCUGUUGAUCCUCUUGCCCUUGGUUUGCAUGACUACUUCGACAUCAUUAAGCAUCCAAUGGAUUUGGGUACUGUGAAAUCUCGUUUGGAUAAGAAUUGGUAUAAUUCUCCAAUGGAGUUUGCUGAGGAUGUAAGACUCACAUUUCAGAACGCUAUGACAUAUAACCCAAAAGGGCAAGAUGUUCACGCCAUGGCAGAGCUUCUGUUAAAGUUAUUUGAAGAAAAGUGGAAGCUUAUAGAAGCAGAUUAUAUGCGGGAGUCUAGGCUUGCAGUAAAUAAUGAAGGUUUGCCAACUCCAACAUCAAAGCAGGCACCUCCCUCGUUAUUGCCAGCUCCAGAAAAGAUGCCAGUAUCCAAUAGGUCAGAAUCGUCUGCUCCUACCAUUGAUCCUAAAGCACAGCCAACAAAUGUUUCUAACAUGGGUAAAACUUCUUUCUCAAAGAAACCAAAGGCUAAAGAUCUCAAUAAAAGGGAGAUGACAUAUGAUGAGAAGCAGAAACUUAGCAUGAAUCUGCAGAAUUUACCUUCCGAAAAGUUGGAUAAUGUUGUCCAGAUCAUCAAGAAAAGGAACCCAUCAUUGUCCCAAAAGGAUGAUGAAAUAGAGGUGGAUAUUGAUACUUUUGAUACUGAAACCCUGUGGGAGCUUGAUCGGUUUGUCACCAACUACAAGAAAGGCUUAAGCAAGAACAAGAGGAAAGCUGAAUUUCCUAAUCAAGAAAGAAUUGAAGUUGAGCCAGAUGUACAAGACAAGAACCUAGCUCCAGUCGUGGUUGAUGCCCCUAAAGAAGCUAAAACAGAUGACAGAAACACUUCCUCUACUUCCCCCAUUCAAAUGGAGAAGCAGGUCGAGGAGCAAGUUGCUGCAGGAGACAAGUCAAGUAGCUCUAGCAGCUCUAGUAGCAUAUCUGGAUCUUCUUCUAGUGAUUCUGAUAGCGACAGCUCAUCUGGAGCAGGAUCUGAGGCAGGUCAUUCUUCAAAGGCAUGAUUGUAACUGCCUUGACUAUGGCAACAAAAGAUUUCUGAAGAACUGUACCAUCAGAGGAAUAGGACUGCUUUUUGGCUUUGUUAGUAGUAACCCUCUUCCAAGAGCUGAAAUUGACCAACACUGAGCAAAUGUACAACUUUCAAUGCAUAAGGUGCAGGUCGUUAUUGCAUUACUGCUUCGGUUUUUAGCAACUCUAGCUCUAGCUAGCUGUAUGAUCCGCAACUGUUAUUAUAUUAUAGAACUUAUUUUGUCCGCGUGUAGCGUGUCUGUAACUGUACGUAAGUUGGUAGUGUCUUAGAGCCAAGUCUAACUCUAGAACGUUAAAAAGUUAUCGGAAACAUCCCUCUUGCAAGCAGCCACCAUGUAUUAUUGCAUAAAAUCUAUGAAGUUAAAAGGGGGGUGUUUGGAUGUGUAUUUUGAAAUGGUUGUAAUGAUCUUUUUGUUUAUGGUAAAUCAAAUCAAAUGGAACUA